UGGGAAACAGGGCUUAUGUUUGCCAUUAAGUCCAGCCUUUGGUCCCAGCCGGGGAAGCCGUGCCAUUGGGGACAUUUUAUUGGCUGAGGAAAUUAGUGUCAUCUCUAAGGUACUGUUGCAGGGAAUGAGCAGCAGGCGAGCUCUUCUCUGGGGGAUUCUGGAUGCUUCUUGGCCCCUGCCGACAUUAGGGGAGAAACUGGCCACCCUGCCUUCCAAGUGGGCCGUAGUCUGUAGGUGGGGAGAGAAGGAGCCGUCAGAUGUGUCGCUAAGCUCUCCAAUCGGGAGUGUGUGGAUGGUGACCUUCCUGCGCUGCUGACCUCCAUCCAUUGGCGCCAGCAUCUCGGACCCCAUGGCCUUUGCGCAGCUCUUGGACCAAGUCGGCGGCUUUGGGAGAUUUCAGAUCCUUCAGAACGUGGCCCUUUUUAUUCCGUUAGUAAUAUUGGCAGCGUACCACUUGGUGGAAAAUUUUGCCGCUGCUGUUCCUGACCAUCGCUGCCGGGUCCACAUCCUGGAUAAUACCACCUUCCCCGUCAACACCACCAGCGCCUCUCCCAGCCUCAGUGCCCUUCUGAAAGUCUACGUCCCUUCGGGUCCAGACCAGAGGCCAGAAACUUGUCGCCGGUUCCUCCACCCCCAGUGGCAGCUUUUACAUGUGAACAAGACAGACCUGAAUGCAAGUCAACUAGACACAGAGCCCUGCCUGGACGGCUGGGUGUACGAUCAGGGCGUCUUUGCUUCCACCAUUGUGACUGAGUGGGAUCUGGUCUGUGAGUCCAUGGCCUUGAAGAUGAUACCACAAGCUGUCUACAUGACUGGGAUCCUAAUAGGCAGUAUUGUGUGGGGCUACAUUUCUGACAGGUUUGGCCGGAAGAUGAUAAUCAUGGCCUGCUACCUGAUGAUGGCAGCUGGCGGGAGCAGUUCUGCCUUUGCACCGAGCUUCCCCUUCUACUGUGCCUGCCGUUCCCUGACCGGCUUCGCAGUGGGCGGCGUGCUCAUAGCCAGCCCGUCCCUCCUGGUAGAAUGGACGCCGAGCCAAUCCCGGACCACGGCCAUCACCGUCUUAUCCUCAGGCUUUAGUCUAGGUGUGUUGAUGCUGAGCGGGCUGGCAUACUUCAUCCGGGACUGGCAGAUGCUUCAUCUGGCUCUGGUUCUGCCCUGUGGAUUCUGCUUCCUCUACUCCUGGUGGAUGGCGGAGUCUGCCCGAUGGCUGCUCAUCACUGGCAAACUGGACUCUGCGCUCCGGGAACUCCGAAGGGUCGCUCGAAUCAAUGGGAAAAAGGAAGCGGGGGAGAUGCUGACCUUGGAGGUCUUAAGAGGCCAUCUACAGGGAGACCCCUCCACUGACAAGUCUCAUAGCACAGUAUUUGACUUGUUCCGGACCCCCAUAUUAAGGAGGAUCGUUCUCUGUGUGUCCUUUGUGUGGUUCUCUGAAUCCUUUGCGUACUUCGGCAUGGCGAUGGACCUGCAGAAUCUGGACACCAACAUCUACCUGCUGUCGACGCUCUUCGGAGCAGUGGACAUCCCGGCCAAGAUCGCUGCCUACCUCAUGCUGCGCUAUAGUGGUGGCCGGAACAGGAGCCUGGUGACCUUUCAGGUUCUGGCUGGACUCUCCAUUCUGGCCAGUGUGUUCGUACCAGCAGCCAGGCAGAGCCUGAGGGUCACUUUUGUCGUGUUUGCUGCUGGCUGUCUGAGCGCUGGGAUUACCUGCAUCUUUGCCUAUGGCAUGGAGCUGUACCCCACAGUGCUAAGGAUGACAGCGACGGGUACCGACCAAGUGGCAGCUCGACUGGGCUGUAUCCUGGGCCCUGUUUUUAAGAUUACAGGCCAGUCCUUUUCUUCUCUGCCUUAUAUUAUCUAUGGAGCUUCCCUGCUCAUUUCCGGUGUGGCCGUUUUUCUCCUUCUUCCUGAAACCCAGAACGUGCCGUUGCCAGACACCAUCCAGGAUGUGGAGAAUAACAUCUGGAAAAAGUCAAGACAUGGAAGGAGACAAGAGAGGAUCAUUGUGAAAUCAACACAAUUUUGAUUGUUCUCAUACCCUAGAAGGAGAUGUACUCAUACCUGGAGGAGUCCUUGGACACUUAUCUAAGAUUAUAUCACUGCAAUAUUUCCAUGAAUUGAAGGUGAUGGGGUGAUCCCAUGGGACUAAGACUUCACUAUAGAGAGUUUUUUCUGCCCAGUGUUUCUUCCUUCAAAUCUACCUCUGUGCAUCUUUCUGUAGAACCUCCUCAGAAGGAACAAGGCUUUUCAUUGACCUGACCAAUGGCCAUCUCCCUUAUUUCUCUCUAAACUCUGCUUGUGCCUCUGCUCUUCCCCAUCUUUCCACUUGAUUGAGUCUUCCUUCCUUCCUUCCUUCCUUCCUUCCUUCCUUCCUUCCUUCCUUCCUUCCCAUGAUCCUUCCUUCCUUCCCAUGAUCCUUCCUUCCUUCCUUCCUUCCCAUGAUCCUUCCUUCUAAUCUAAUACACUCCUCUGCUCCAGGUCUUUUUAAAAUUUUUAUUUAGUUCUUUAUUAUUGUUUGUUCAUGUUUACCUUUCUAUGUUUCUCUUACUACCUGUGUUUGGAUUUCAAAAUCCCUGCACAGCUCAGGUCUUUUCAUCAGGAAUGCUUGAAAGUCCUCCAUUUCAUUAACGAUCCACUUUCCCCUCUGCAGGAUUACACUUAGUUUUCUGGAUGAGUUAUUCUUGGCUAAAACAAUCUAUGAGUGUGAGGCAGUUAGCGUAAUCAAUUCUGUAUGGAUGAUUUUUAAGUCUUGGUCCCAAGGCCAUGAAUCAGACCUCUUUAAGAAGGAUCAAAUCUGUAUAUUCUGCUUGACAGAAAGACUAGAAGACACAGCGAUGGCUAAAUAAAACUCUAAAGGAGCCAUCAAGAUUUUCACUCCCCUACAUGCACCUCAAAGCUUUCCAAAAUCUGGUCAGUUACUCAAACAGCUGAGCAGCCAACCUCUCCUUGUCUUUCUUGAGGACAUUAUGUCUCUGCUGCAUUUGUAGGCAGUUAAUUCAAGCUAUAAAAUUAGUUGAGGAGUCAGGGAUAUAGACACAACAUUGCUGUCCUAUGGAAGUGCUCUUUUUAGUAAGUAGGACAUAAAAUGUUUGAUCUGUGGGAUGCGCAGGAGUAUGAGGAGGAGGAGGAGGAGUCGGAGGAGGAUUUCCCUGCCACAUCUACAAACCCAACUGUUGAUCACAUUUAAAUUUCUGGCAUUCGAUGAGUGAAAACAACAAUAUUUUUUCAGUUCAAAAUCCCAAGUUCACUAAUGACAUUUUCUCCGGGAAACUUCAGGAUUAAAACAGCUUAAAGAUUUUAUUCUUUGCCAAGAACUUAUAGUGUGAGAUCACUGGACAACAACUUCAUGAUGGAGUUUCACUGCCAGAUCUUUGGUGAAUUGUAGGGAACCUCCGCUUUGGAACACCCAUGAAGACUCACUGGUCUUCCAUUCCUUACUGCAAGGAAAAUGACUGUGGUGGCCCCAAACCCUUCAGGUUGGCUGCAAAUGCUCCAAACUUUACACUUGCAGUCCCAUGUUAAAUCCAGAGCAACUUCACUAGGAAAUCCCGUCUCGGUCCAGUUUUCCUUCCUACUAAGAAGUCCAGGUUCCCAAACUCACACUGACUUGAUCCAUACGUCUCCUUCUGCGAAAUCAUAAACUAUUUCUUUUCUCUCAAAUCUUGGGCAGACAGGAAAAAGUCUCUUUUCUUGGUGAUUUGCUUGAUCUUUCUUCCCUUGACUGACUGGGGAAGGGAAAAAGAAGAUGGCUGCUCAGAUUCAGAAAAUUCCUGUUCUUUUAAGAUGAAUUCCCUCUUAUUGGACUGGGAAUCUCUCCGAAGAAUGAUAUGUACGUACAUGUAUAUACACACACAUACAGAAACAAACUAUAUGAAAACCUCUCAAACCUAUAUCAGCAUUUAUUAAUUAUUAAAUUGUACAAAACAAUAUAAUAGUCAACUUUCUUGGGGGGGUCCAUUUUUUGGAAAUUUUUAUUUAUUUAAUUAAUUUAGAAUAUUUUUCCAUGGUUCCAAGAUUCAUGUUCUUCCCUCCCCUCCCCAUCACCCUCCCAAGGCCAAACCACAAUUCCACUGGGUUUUGCGUGUGUCAUUGAUCAAGACCUAUUUCCAUAUUAUUGAUAUUUGCACUAGGGUGAUCAUUUAGAAUCUAUAUCUUGAGGGGAUCCAUUACGAUUGUGGACUCUAACAAAUUUUGAGCACUAAUCUAGUUGUCCAGUCUUAAUUUCUUUUUUCAUUUUCUUUUUUUAAAAUGUUAUUUACUUAAUUAAGAAUAUUUUCUGGGAGCAGCUGGGUAGCUCAGUAGACUGAGAGCCAGGCUCAGAGGUGGUAGAUCCAGGGUUCCAAUCUGGCCUCAACCACUUCCUAGUUGUGUGACCCUGGGAAAGUCUCUUUUCCUCCUCCCAUAGCCAACGAACAAUUUUUCAUUUUCGUGAUGUGGCUCGCCGUUUCAGGUGUUUAAACUCUUUUUCUUUUUCAGGCUCAUUUUUAUCAAAAUCAAGAGAUCUUUCCUAGAGUCGUUGUACCAAAUAUAAAACCCAAAUCCUUAGGGCUAUAACUGGUGUAGAAAUGAGCUGUUCUUCCUUUAGGAAAGUGAUGGGACUUAAGAUUUCCCUCUCCCUUAGUUACGGAUCACAUUUGGAUCUUAAAAGUCUUCUGAGAAAUCCAAAGAGUGAGGUGGAGCUGGCAAAGAGAGCCAGCUGGGCAGAGGAAGAAUGAAAGAUGGCAGCAAGAGGUGGCGAUAGAUGUUAGACAGCUCAAACUAGCAACCAGAGAGAACCAGGAACAUCUCCCUGUCUUGGAACAAGCUCAAAAGGCAGUAGAGUUUUCCCCGGGCAGGAAAUCCCCCUGACUUUCAUGUAAGACUAACAAAAACCGAAGCUAAAUUCAGAAGGAAACCUUCAUGUGGUUUUGGCCUAUCCAUCCUGGACAGCUGAAAUAGAGUGUCUGUGCUCACUUCAAACCAGACAUGCUAAUAUGCCAAUUGUGACACAAGAAGCUGGCAGAGAAUGAGGGGUGACAGAUGCUUAAACAUUAGCAGGAAACCAGGACGGCGAUCACAACUUUACCCUGCAGAUAGUGUGCCACUCAGCUAAGACACACUCACUUGCAGAGAUUUCUUCUGGAAGGGUGUGCUGACCAUGCUAGGGUUGUAUAAUUGAAAAUCUGUUACCCUAAAAAGAACUACAUUUCCCAGGAGCCCACUGACUUCCUGUCAUUAUGUACUUCCUGUAGAUAGGGGAUAUUAGGCGGGGACAUGGAAGGUCUUUACUUCUGAUCCUGAGCUUAGUGGUGGUGAGGCAGGUAUUUGAACUGGCUGAUCAGCCAUGGGCAUGUGGUCUUUAUUUUGUAUCUUCUUUAUUCCUUGAUUUCUAAUGAUCAUUAAUAAACCUCCAUAAAGUAUAAUUUUUAUAUUA